AUGAUUCAAAGCAAAAGUGGAGAAAUACGAAUGUUUAUUAGAAAAAUAGCAGAAAAUUUUUCAUCUAAUUCCAGCCAAAAUAAUAAAUAUAUGAAAAGUAGAUUUUCAACAAAAAAAAAAAUAUUAAUUUACGAAUAUGUGAAUGAAAAAAAUUGUUUUUUAUCAAAAAAAAGUAAUUCAAUUAAAUCUAUUAUGAAUUAUAAUUAUGUUAAUAAAAAAAUUAAUGAAAUAAAUUAUAUUUUAAAAAAUUAUAACAAAAUUAACACAUUAAAUAAAGACAAAAUAAUAGAUAACUUAUAUAUAUUAUGUGUCAAAGGAAAUAUUGAUUUAUGUGAUGAUAGAAUACUAUAUUAUGUUAACCAUGUAUUGGCAUAUAUUAAUAAAUAUAUAAAUAAUAAUGAUGAUAUAAUUGCUUCUACAAACCCUGACAUUUCAGAAAAAAAUAUUUCACCAAAUUAUUUAAAUGGUGAAAAUAAAAAUGUCCAUAAACAAGAAAAUAUUAUUGAUAUAGAACAUUACAUAAAAUUUUUAAAAGUUUUAAGAGCAUUAAAUAUAGAAAAUAGUUUUAAUAAUUUAUUAAAAUAUAUUAGUAAAAAUAUUCAUUUUUUUCAUAUUGACAUAGUUAGAAAAAUAUCAAUAAAUCAUAAAUUUAAUGAUGAUCAAAAUUUUUUUUUUAAAGAUGUAUUAAAUUAUAUAUAUACUAUCAUACAAUGUAAUAAUAAUAUAUAUUAUAAAGAAAUAAAAAAUAUAAACAUAUGUUUAAAUGUUUGUACAAACUUUUUUUUUGCAAAAAAAUUAUCAAAAAAAAAAGCUACUUAUCAUUUUGUAGAAAAUUAUGACAUUGUCUAUAUGUACAAUUUAAACUAUAUAUAUAUGAAUCACAUAAUUGUGAUAGGUACUAUUUUAGAUGGAAAUAAAAUAAAUAAUGAAGAGUAUGGAGAAGAAAUAAAUAUACCAAAUUUGAACGUGGUUGUACAUAAUGAAAAAGGAGAAAAAAAUAUAUGUACACAAAUAUCCAACAUUAAUAAUAUUACCUGUACUCCCAACAUAAGCAAUGAGACAAAGACAUAUAUGAAUAACAAACUUUGUAAAGAUAGUUAUACAUGUGAUGAAAAUAUUUCAACAGAAAUGAAAGUGCAAAAUAAUAUAAAAAAAAUAGAAAUUGAUACAAAAUAUAUCGAUGAUUUCGAUUUUAAUUACAAUUUGAUUGACACAAUUUAUGUGGCAUAUAAAUAUUACACAUAUUUAGGAAUGAAAAAAAAAAAAAAAAAAAAAGAAACUAGCCAUAAUGAUAAUAAUGAAUAUGGUCAGAAUUUUUUUUUUUGCUUACCAGACAUAAAAAAGUAUAUCACAAAUAUUGUUUGUAAUUUUAUUAACAUAAUAAAUAGAGAUAUAACAAGGGGUAAAUUAAAAAAUAAUAAAAAAAUAAUCUCAUCAUUAGAAAGAAUAAAUGCAUUAGUUACCUCAUUUGAUGUCCCUUUUAAAUUAUAUCAUUUUUUAGUUUAUCAUUGUAAUAUUUUGUUGGCUAGUAAAAUAGAUCUAACAGUUUUAGACAACAUAAAAAUAUUGGGACUUUUAAGAAAUGUAAUCAAAAGAGAAACUAAAAAUUUGGAAAAGAAAAAAAGUAGUAAUGAUGUGUGCAACGAUCGCAUAACAAACUUAAGCGAUAGUUUAGAAAACAAAAUUAAAAAUGCUGACAAUAAUGAUAAUAAUAAACAUGUCGAUAAUAAUAAUAAUAUUAUAAAAUCAUCUUCAUAUUUGACACUUUUGAGUUAUGAAAACGAAAUAAACAAAAGGAUCGACUGGUCUCUUUUUGAUAACAUGAUUAAAUUAAUUUUUAACAAUUUAAAAAAUUGUUUGCAUAAUUGUCAAAGUAAUGAUUUAUGCCUUUUAAUACCAAUGGUUUAUGAAUUUCAUAAAUAUAUGGAUGAAGAAAUAAAAAAUAUAUUAACUGUUCAGGUAAUAUUUAAUAAGGAUAAUAUAAAUCAAAAUAAUACAAUAAAUAUAUUGAGAGUAUUUUCAAAAAUUAAAUAUAAAAAUGAAGCUAUUGAUAAAUUCUUGUAUAACCGUUUGAAAAUAUUCAAUAGUAGUUACAAUGAUGAUAAUAGCUCUUUUUCUCAUAUGCCAGAGGAGGAUAUGAGAAAUAAUGGAUUUUCUUGCCCUAAAAAUUUUUACUUAUUUUUUUAUUAUAAAAGUAAAAAUAAAUUAUUUAGUUAUAAAGACAUUUAUUAUAUUGAAAAUUAUAUCCAAAAAAAUUUUUUUGAGAUGAAUAUAAAAGAUUUUCUUUAUGUUUUAUUAAUUUAUUAUAAAAAUGGAAUAUUUUUAUUACCACAAUUGUUGCUUAAAAUUGCUGUUAUUUUUAAUAAUGCAAAGAAAAAUAUAUCCCAUGAUGAUUUUUUGUUUUGUUUAUUUUUACUUUCAAAAAAUUAUUACUUAUUAUCAGUGGACAGUAAUAAUAGUAACAUAUUUACACACAUGGACGAAGAAGAGAAUAAUGUUUAUUUAAAUAAAAUGAACAUGUUCAGGAAAAAUAAAUACAAUCAGCAUCAUAUCGAUAAUUUUAUAAAUAUAAUUAACGAUAUUUUGUCAUACCUUUAUGAUGAUAAAAUGAUUAAUUACAAACCAUAUCAAUUAGAAUAUAAGAAUAAUGUAGAAGACAAAACAGUAAGUAAUUUAUAUGAGAUUAAGGAAAAUCAAAAAGUAGAUGAUACAUACUCAAAAGAAAUAAGUCAAGGGGAAAUAAAAAAAGGAGAUAUACUACUGACACCAAAUGAUAUGUUCAGUAGAAACGAACAAAUUAACGAGUUUAAGUGGGUAUUCCAAAAAUUAAAAUAUAACUUUAUAAUGAUGAAAAUAUUUUAUAAUUUUUAUUAUUCUAUUUUUAAAAAUAAUAAAAAAAAUGAAAAAAAAAUUCUGAACAGUCAGCACGAAAAUUUUUUAUUAUAUUUAUUUUCCUGUUUUAAUCAUAAUUUUUCAAAAGACAUUAACGAAAUAAAAUAUGUCUCAUCUUUAUUAUAUUAUUUUAGCUAUUUCAAUAUUUAUUCAGCAUCUUACUUCGAUAAGCAAAUGUUGUAUAUAUUACAAAACUGCGAAUUUGACGACCAUAAAAUGAUAACAAAUAUGUUGUUAAGUUAUGUUUUUAUCAAUAAAGAAAUACAAAGUGAUAUUAAAAAACAUAUUAAGGAAUAUAUUAUAAAAAAUUUUGAGCAUUUCAAUAAAAAUGAUGCAAUUUUAUGUUUUAAGUAUAGCAAUUAUUUUUUAAAUUUACAACAAACACAAGAUAUAGACAAAUCAAAUGAUUAUAUUUUAUUCAUUAAACUUUUAAAUUUUUUAGUCGCAAAUCUUGAAAAAUACAAACCCCAACAUUACUUAUAUAUAUAUACAACUAUUUGCAAUAAUUUUGUGAGGGAAAAAAGAAUUUAUAUUAAAUUAUUUUAUUAUAUGAACAAAUUUGCCAUACACUAUAAUUUCGACCAAUUAUUCCUAAUACUGUUUUACAUGUACAAGACAGGUUAUAGCAAGCCAAAAAUUAGAAAAAAAAUUAGAAAUUUAAUCCUAUAUUACCAUAAAAAAAGAAUGAUUAAUUUAAGCACCUAUGUCAAGUAUAUAUUACCUCUCGAUGAAUUCGGUAUAUACCAUUUGCUUCCAAUUAAGUUCCAGAACAUCAUAUAUAAUCAGCUUGGGGAAGAUAUAAAAACGUAUGUAAGAAAGCCACUUAUGGAUAGUGAGAACAUUGCUAAAACGAAUUUGAAAAAUAUUACACAAAAAGAGCAAGAAAAUAUUGUACAAAACGACAAAAAGAAAGAUAAUGGAGAUGCCCCAAUUUAUGUUUUUGAACAAAUGGUUAAAAAUUAUUGA